AUGAGCAAGGCUAAUAUUUUCAAAUUUACUUCAUCUUUACGAAUUCUCAUGAUCUUCUUUGUACUGGUUCUUUGUAUCAAUAAAAAUCAUGCAUUGGCAAAUGGAAUUAAUGGCCCAAUAUUUUUUGAUAAUAAUGAUGAUGAAUUAGAAUUUCCUACUAAUCGAAAUAAACCAUUUGAUUUGAAAAAAUUCAUCCGUGAAGAUAUUGAAUCGAGUCAAAGUGAUGCUUGGUCUCGUUUAUUCCACAGUGAGACUAGUCAACCACGAAUUACAAAUCGUUCCCGCUAUUCAUCAAAAGUACAAAGUCAUGGUUCUUCAAAUGGUCGAAUGUACAUUAUACCAUUUGAUAAACGUACAAUUCCAAUUGAACUUCAAAAAGCUCUUUAUGCUCAUGGAAUUGUAGGUCGCUGA